AAAGAAAAAGAAAAAGAAAAAGAAAAAGGAUUUUCGUUUGAUAUCUCCAUAAAAACCAUCCAUUAAUGAUUUUCUUCUGCAUUCUCUCUCUGCAAUGUCUCGUUCAACAAUGGAGAAGAAGCUCCGUACGGCGAAAAAAGCAUGGAAGAAACUAACUAAAUCAUUACAAUCCAAAUUCCACGCGCUCCAUAUCUCCAAAUCCAUCAACACAGCCACGCGCCGUCUCACCUCCGCCGUUCAAAGGUCCCUCCGCCUGCUAAUUCCCUCCAAAUUUCGCCGCCGCCUUCUCAGCCCUAAAUCAUCCCCUUCCCCAUAUUACCGUCGCAAUCAAAAUCAAAAUCAAAACCAAAUUCUCCACCAAUACGAUCAACACCUUCACAAUCCAAACAACUUCGCCGCAAUCCACAUCGACGAGCUCUUCGCAGAGCUGCCGGAGCCAAUUGCUAAGCGCUCCGGCGGUGAAAUUACAGAGACGAGCAGAGGAAAAGAAGUAAUGAAAGAGGAGAAGGAUGAAGAGACGAGUGUUUAUAGCAUUGAAGAUGCUUGGAAAAUCGUAGUGGCUUCGUCGCCGCAUCUACGGCCGGUGGAUGAACGAGCGGAGGAGUUCAUAAGAAAAUUCCGGCGAGAGAUUAUUCUUGAGAAGGAGAAAUCGCUUCUGGAAUUUGAACAGAUGUUGGCUCGCAGUGCCGCUUGAUGUUUGUGAAUUCGUUUGGAUUAUACAUAAUUCAUAAUUAUGGAUCUUGAUUUUCUUUUUUACAGGUAAGAAAUUAUUUUAUUUUAUUUUAUUUAUUUUUAAACAGUGUGGCUUGAAUGUAAAGUGUAUAGAAGAUAUACUGUUGAAGGGGUUUUUUCGGCUUGUUUUGUGAUCUCCAAAAUUUUGAUGUGGAGAUAUAUUCUGAUGUAUUUUCUGAAUUUCUGGUUUUAAUUUUAUGCUAAGUUAUAGUCUUUUAAUAAUAUUUCAAGUACUUAAUUUCAAAAA